AUCGAAAGGAAAUGGUAACCUAAAAUGUUGUAGGGAUCCCUACCUUACCCUGCAGGCAGGGAUAACAAAUUCGUACGUGCUAUAUAGAUAUGUCUCCAUUGGUUUUAAGAAGAAUAUUUAAAGCUCAAAGGGUUUCGUUUUUGUUUAGAAAACGCUUUGAUUUAAAAGAUUUGAGUUUAAUUCUCUUUAGCAAUAUCUACCAGAAAAGAUGCUUUUUUGGGUUUGAUGGUUGUUCAACCAAAGAAUUUUCUGAAACUAAAGUUAUUGGUUAUUCCAUGGAACAAUUUUACGAUGUUAUAGCGAAUGUUGAUGAUUACAAGUAUUUUGUUCCUUGGUGUGUGGCCUCACGCACAUUUCAGAAAAGUGAAACUUAUGCUCGUGCUGACCUGGAGGUUGGAUUUCCGCCAAUCUCAGAAAAAUAUUCUUCAAUUCUUACAUUGGCUAGGCCAAAUUUAGUAAAGUCUGAAUGCAUGGAUGGUACAUUAUUCAAUCAUUUAGUAUGUAAUUGGAGGCUUAGUGAAGGUCCAAAAGAGAUUGCAAACAGCUGCACAUUGAAUUUUUAUUUAUCAUUCGAGUUUAAAUCAGUCUUACAUUCUCAAUUAUCAGACAUGUUUUUUGAUGAGGUGGUUCGCAAGAUGGUAUCUGCGUUUGAAAGUCGAAGUCAAACACUGUAUGGUCCAAGUAGUCUCAUAAGUACAAAAUAUGACCCAAAGAAAAGGUUACAAACGUCACGAAAGAAUAAGAAGAUCGUUCGUAAAGGUAGCUGACACAACUUUGAAAGAAAAUGUUUGCCAAAUUUUAUAUUUAUAUACAUAUGUACUUUAAUUGGAUAUAUUCUUUCAUUAACCAUUCUUGAUUUUAUAA